AUGCAAGCUUGGUACUUUGUUUCUGUAACGCAGAGCGUGCUCUCGGUUAUUCUCGGUGGGGGAGCAAGCGCAAAGCUUUACCCGUUGACAAAGGAGCGAGCAACGCCUGCUGUGCCGUUGGCCGCGAAUUACAGGCUGAUCGACAUCCCCGUUAGCAACUGCUUGAAUAGCGACAUAGAUCGGAUCUACGUUCUCACUCAGGUCAAUUCCGCCUCGCUGAACCGCCACUGCUUCACAGCGUAUGCGCCGUGCCUGACCGGGUACCAGACCAAGGGCUUCGUGGAAGUGCUCGCAGCGCAGCAGAGCCCGGACAAUCCCAACUGGUUCCAGGGAACGGCGGAUGCGGUGCGUCAGUACAUAUGGCUUCUGGAGGACCACAACCCUCAGGAGUAUCUGAUUCUCGCGGCAGACCAGCUGUACCGCUGUGACUACCGCAGAAUAAUCAAGUGCCACCGGGCUGCUGGUGCUGAUAUCACCGUCGCCGCGAUCCCUGUUGACAGAGAGCGUGCGACGUCAUUCGGGCUCAUGAAGAUUGACGAGGACGGUCGCGUCAUGGAGUUCGCGGAAAAGCCUCAAGGAGCAGAGCUUGACAAGAUGAAGGUGGACACAACGAACGUGGGUCUGGAUCCCCAGGAGGCAGCGAAGCGGCCGUUCAUAGCGUCCAUGGGGAUCUACGUCAUCAGCAGGGAUGCCCUGCCUCGCCUACUUCUCGAGCAAUUCCCGGACGCCAAUGACUUUGGCCGGGAGGUCAUCCCUGCUGCCUGUGCCAACGGCUCCAAGGUGCAAGCGUACAUAUACGAUGGAUACUGGGAGGACAUUGGGUCCAUUGAUGCGUUUUACCACGCCAACCUCAGACUCACCAAGCCAAACCCCCCCUUCACGUUCUAUGAUCGUUCGGCUCCCAUAUUCACUCAGUCCCGCUCUCUGCCUCCUUCCAAGCUGAACAACGUUGACAUAUCUGGCAGUGUUAUCGGGGAAGGCUGCAUCUUGCACGAGUGCGCCAUUCACGACUCAAUGGUGGGCUUGCGGUCGAUAGUUGGUGCUGGGUCAUCCAUCCACGACAGCUUGCUGCUAGGAGCUGACUACUACGAGGAUGAGGAUGAGCUGCAGAGGGUGAUAGCAUCUGGGCAGUUGCCCAUUGGUGUUGGGAGAAAUUCGAUCAUCAGGGGAGCUAUCCUUGACAAGAACGCACGAAUCGGAGACAAUGUGCACAUUAUCAACAAGGACGGAGUGCAAGAGUCCAUACAGAAGGAUGCUGGCUUUGUCAUCAGCAAGGGGAUUGUUACAGUGUUGAGGAAUGCAACCAUUCCAUCUGGUUUUGUCAUCUAG